AUGGAGCGGAUACGGCGCAUAUUCGAGCGCCAGGAUGAGGCAGUAUCGUAUGAGCCCUUGGAAGGAGGUUCGGAGCGAACAAACGGCGAACACAUCAGCACAGAGGAACAAGUCUUUUCAUGGACAGACUAUUCCGUCUUUGUGCUGCUAGGUGUUGCCAUGUUAUGGGCAUGGAACAUGUUUCUAGCAGCAGCACCCUAUUUCCAACACCGUUUUGCGUCCAAUGACAACCUGUUGCGCAACUUCCAAUCCGCCAUUCUCUCCGUAUCGACCGUGGGCAACUUGGGAUCCAUGCUGGUCUUGACCAAACUCCAAGCUCGUGCAAACUAUCCCAAGCGCAUCACUGCCGCCCUGGCGCUGUAUGCCUCGGCCUUCACCCUCCUGGCCAUGUCCACCAAGCUGUUCCUAGAUGUUUCCGCUGGCCUCUAUUUUGCCUUUCUCAUGAUCCUCGUCCUCGUCGCCAGUCUGGCAACUGGUCUCUGUCAAAACGGCGUUUUUGCAUACGUCUCGGGCUUUGGCAGGGAGGAAUACACGCAGGCCAUCAUGACGGGACAAGGGAUUGCAGGCGUCUUACCAGCCAUGACCCAAAUCAUCACCGUACUCUGCGUCCCACCAAAACAACAACAUGGCAACGCCAGUCUCCCGCAAGAAUCAAGUACAUCGGCUUUUGUCUACUUUCUCACUGCCACGGCUGUCUCUGCUGCCACACUGCUCGCCUUUUUCUACCUACUCUCCCGCCCCAGUAGCAAAGCCCGCAUGCUACGUACCCCAUCUACCGACUACGAAACGCUCAGCCAUGCCUCGCCCGCGGCUCCUUCGGAACGCAAGUCCAUACCUCUCCUCUACCUUUUUUCCAAACUCCGCUACCUUGCCCUCGGCGUCUUCACCACCUUCUUCCUAACCAUGUUCUUCCCCGUCUUCACCGUCCAAAUCCUCUCCACAACCCCCCUCACCCCGACGACGCCGCGCAUCCUCCACCCCCCCGCCUUCAUCCCUCUCGCCUUCUUCUUCUGGAACCUUGGCGACCUAGUCGGCCGCACGCUCCCCGCCCUCCCCUUUCUCCGCCUGGCCCACCGGCCCCGUCUCGUCUUGCUGCUUUCCCUGCUCCGCGUCGUCUUCAUCCCGCUGUACAUGCUCUGCAACAUUGGCGGUCGUGGUGCUGCGGUGCAUAGCGACCUCUUUUACUUGGUGGUCGUCCAGGGCGGCUUCGGGGUGACGAGCGGGUACCUGGGGAGUAGCUGUAUGAUGGGGUUUGGCGAGUUUGUGGAUGCGCACGAGUUGGAGGCUGCCGGGGGGUUCAUGUCCUUGUGUUUGACGGCGGGGUUGGCGGCGGGGAGUUUGGCGAGUUUUUUGGUGGCGGGGGGUGCGUAG